AUGAAUUUUUUUUUCCAGAUCGAUUAUCCGGAGGGACAGACGAUACAGCAAAGUCGUCGUUUUAACAUGGAUCGGGGAGUCAACCUCGUCUUCGACGAGAAUUUCAGUCAAAACAGACCAGAAUUAUAUCAAAAGAGUAAUAGGAGCAGUCAUUCUUCCGAUACAAGUUCGGCAUACAGCGGCUCGGACACAAUGACUUCCGUACAAUCCUCACUCGAAGCAGACGAAGUUGAUUUGUCCGGAUUGGUAGAAUCCAUUGUCGACAGCGACGAGGAAGAUCUCGCCGAAAGCAUCGACAGUUUAACCGUUCGGGAUCACGUGAGAGAAUGUUUAGAAAAAGAUCCGUCCGAACGUACGGAUCAAGAUAUUGAAAUAUUACUCGAAUUAACGCAGCAUUUAAAAGCGUUCACGAACAUGACGUUAGCCGUUAGGAGAGCACUUUGUGCCGUCAUGGUUUUUGCCGUGGUGGAAAAAGCCAACACGGUCGUCAUGAACGACGGAGAAGAAUUGGAUUCGUGGAGCGUACUCAUAAACGGUCACGUCGAAGUCGAACAUUCGAACGGUGAACUCGAACAGCUCGGAUUGGGCGACAGUUUUGGAAUUUUACCCACGAUGGAAAAAUUAUAUCACAGAGGAGUCAUGAGAACGAAAUGCGACGAUUGUCAAUUCGUGUGCAUAACUCAAACGGACUACUAUAGAAUACAGCAUCAGGGAGAGGAAAACACGAGGAGACACGAGGAAAAUGGACGACUAGUCAUGGUUACUGAACAAAGAGGAGGAACGGAAGUGCCCUCGAGAAGAGGACACAUUGUUAUAAGGGGAACUCCCGAACGUUUGAUGCUUCAACUCGUGGAAGAAAAUUCAAUCGAUCCGACGUACGUGGAAGAUUUUUUAUUAACUCACAGGACUUUUAUUGACAGUUCGAUAGACGUCGCCCAACAAUUGUUGGAAUGGUUCGGAGAAUCAUCCGUGAGAGACCGAGUUACCAGAGUCGUUUUGCUAUGGGUCAACAAUCAUUUCACGGAUUUCGAAACGGAUCCGGCAAUGAUGGAAUUUUUAGAAACGUUCGAAGCGGGUUUAGAACGUGAAAAAAUGCAGGGACAGUUGAGACUAUUGAACAUUGCUUGCGCUGCAAAAGCUAGAAUACGAAACGUCACUCUGGCACGUCCGUGCAGGGAUCAAGCACUCAAUUUUAGUAUUUUAGGGGGUUACGAAAAGGGUUUUGCAAUAUUCAUAUCAAAAGUCGAAAAAAAAUCCAAAGCCGAACAAGUCGGAUUAAAACGUGGUGAUCAAAUAUUAGAAGUUAACGGUCAAAGUUUCGAACACGUGACGCACGUUCGAGCCAUGGAAAUACUACGUGGAACUACACACUUAAGCAUCACUGUCAAAUCUAAUCUAUUAGCUUUUAAGGAAAUGUUGUCGACUCCGGACAAUUCGCCAAGGCCGAGAGGUAGAAAAAUAUCGGAAAUAGCAAAAUUACAAACGGAUCCGAGAGCGAGACACUCGACGUCGGGAGAUCCCCGAGACGGUCAAAAUAACGGCGGGGAAACGACGACGACGACGACGUCGACGACUUUGGUGUCGGCGAGUCCGCUCAAAGACAAAACGCAUAAAAGUUUCAUGACGUUGGGACCCAAGAAACGAUUGCAAAAAGCAUUGAUGAAAAUGAACAUAUUACCAAAGAACACCAUCAAUGAAAGCGCUUCGGAUGAAAGCGUCGUAGAUUCUAGUUGUACUGAAACGACUUUAUAUCACAGUCAAAGCAAUCAGGAUUUGUAUAAUUUGUACGAUGAUAGAGCAGUUGAUUAUCCGGAACACGUACUCAAAGUUUAUAAGCCCGAUCAAACUUGUAAAUAUUUAUUAGUGCAUAAGGAAACGACUGCUCACGAAGUCGUCAUGCUUGCCCUUCAAGAAUUCGGUAUAACGGAUCCAAGUUCGAGAUUUUCGCUGUGCGAAGUUUCCGUCGCCGAGGGUGGCAUAAUAAAACAGAGAAGGCUUCCCGAUCAAUUACAAAAUUUAGCCGAAAGAAUCGGUUUGAGUAGUAGGUAUUAUUUGAAAACGAACGGAGUGUCGGAAACGUUGGUCGCGGAUGAAAUGGCUCCGGAAUUAAUACGGGAAUCCCACGUUCAUUUUUUACAACUCAACGCCAUAGAAGUUGCGAUACAGUUGACGCUCCAGGAUUUUUCGAUAUUUCGACAAAUCGAAAGCACGGAAUAUGUCGACGAUUUGUUUCAAUUGAAAAGCAGAUACGGUGUGCCCAUGUUGACGCAAUUUGCCGAGCUCGUAAAUCGUGAAAUGUUUUGGGUCGUGACGGAAGUUUGUUCGGAGAGUAACAUAAUGAGACGAUCGAAGAUAAUAAAACAAUUCAUAAAAGUUGCGAGACAGUGCAAGGAGUGUAAAAAUUUCAAUUCCAUGUUUGCUAUAGUCUCGGGACUCGGUCACCGAGCCGUGACACGAUUGAGGGGAUCCUGGGAAAAACUUCCGUCGAAAUAUCAGAGGUUGUUUAGCGAUUUGCAAGAUUUGAUGGAUCCCUCGAGAAACAUGAGCAAAUAUCGUCAACUUAUAAGUUCGGAAGUGUCUCAGCCCCCCAUUAUUCCAUUUUAUCCGGUCGUUAAAAAAGAUUUGACUUUUAUACAUUUGGGAAACGAUUCACGGGUCGAGGGUUUGAUUAAUUUCGAAAAGUUGAGAAUGAUUGCCAAAGAAGUUCGGCAAUUGACGAAUAUGUGUUCAUCGCCAUAUGAUUUGUUAACCAUGUUGGAAUUAGGUGGUCAACCUCCUUCCAGCGCUAUGUUUGCACUCAAUCAAAUGACGACGGGUUCGGGUCCUCCGCAAGCGAAUUCGGCGACGGUUAAAAGAAGGAAAAAAUCGACAGCAGCUCCCAAUCCGAAGAAAAUGUUCGAAGAGGCUCAAAUGGUUAGAAGAGUCAAAGCUUAUUUGAACAACAUGAAGGUAACGACGGACGAAGAAAAACUUCAUCAGCUGUCGCUCGAAUGCGAACCUGCGGGUAGCGCACCGAAUUCGGCACCCGUGAGAAAGAGACAUCCUAGUCCGACACUUUCGACGACGAGUUCGGCGAGUAGUACAAGCGAAGGGAAAAAAGGAGUGCCCAAGUUUGGAACCGCGUCGCCGCAGGCUGUCAGAAAAAUGUUAGCUUUAAGUGAAUCGAACAAAACGAGACCUCACUGUCCUCGUCAUCCAGUUCCGCAAAUUCCGCUCUCCGGUUUGGCACUACAUCAUCCGACACUAUCACCGAGUCCCAGUCCGAGUUCACACAGGAGAAUGGGCUCCGUCGUCGUAGGUAAGAUGACAGCGGGGAAAUGUAGAAAAAAAAAAAAAAAUUUCGAUUCAGACUAA